GGAUGUUGAGGGGUGCACACGGUAUGGCGAUUUCCUCGAACGUGACACGAUAGGCAAGACUGUUUUGAUGUUACUUUGUAACCCAUGACCGUAGUGGAUAUCAUCAGCGGUUCUUUACAGCCAUGAAGCUGAAGCCGAUAUUUGACAUCCACGUUCUUUUCGUUGCAUGGUUUAUGCAUCUAUCAAACUGUACAUUUCAGUUCCUCUGUCCUGACAUUUCCUUCCUUGGUUCUUCUACACAGUUGAACUGCUCGACUUCCAAACCCUUUACCAAUCUAAUAUAUGAGGGACCUGGGAAACUGAGAGCCCCAGCGUGCGAAGCAUCAUUUUCUGGCUGCACAACUGUGAAUGGGUUUAAAGCAAGCUUCAUUAACGCAACUCACACGUCUAUCAGGAUACUUAAUGUAGAACCACCACAUGCAGGCACAUGGGCAUGUGCAGAGGGCGCAACUAGUGAAAAUACUUCUUGUAGUCUUCAAGUCGCAAAGACACCAACAUGCAGCAUCACCAGUCAGGAGGACACUGAUGUACUUGCCCAGUAUCAGACGCUGACACUCAAAGUGGACAUACAAGACUACUACUGUUCCACAGCCCUCACCUUCUCACUCCAGACCGGGAAUGUGACAACACUGCUGAUGGAAGCUGACUCUGUAGCAAGUGUUAGUCACAACACACCUUCAGUAACUCUGAAUGUGACGGACUCCCACCUGGGGAUUGUAAGACUGGUAUUCAGCUGUCACAACAGUCAAUGGAAUCUAACCUGUGAUGGUGUGACUGAACUCAAGACUCCAACCUGCAGCAUAUCAAGUGACAAGGACACUGACAAACUUGCCCUGAAUGAAGAGCUGACACUCUCAGUGGACAUUAUUGGCUACAACUGUCCUGUAGCAUCCAACUUCACUCUACAGACAGGGAACGUCCAACACUUACUGAAUGUCAGUCAUGCCAAGGCUGGUUUUGAUCGUGCAGCACAAACAUUUCAUGUGACCGAAACACACUUGGUUGGUGUAAGGCUGAUAUUCAACUGUCAACACAAACACUGGAAUCUGACCUGCGAUGGCAUAACGACACUCCUUGAGAAAAACGUUGGACCAGCCACAAGCUCCACUAUAAUUAUGGUUGCCUGCAUUGUGGGUGGGAUAGUGUUUCUUAUCAUCGUCGUCAUCAUCAUCGUGUUUCUCGUAAAAAGAAAACAGGAAACUCGAAUUAAACCACAACCAUCAGUUAAGCCUCCUUCCCCUCCUUUUCCUACCGUGGAGCUGAAUGAUCUUCCAAGUGCAUCAAAGAACAUAAGUGUAAUAAAUGCAGGAGGUUAUGCAUGUCCAUGGGAUGUCGUCAACAGAUCAAGUUCGCGAACGGAGGAUGAAUCACUCGACUUAUCGUUAGUUAAUAACGGGAGAGUGGUUAAAGUGUUCGUUUCGUCUUGUGAAGUUCAUGCCUAAAACCGGCGUAAAUUGAAAUUAACUGAUUCAUUCACUCAACCGUGUCACUUCAUCUAUGUUUUAACGUACCAGUAAGCAGGUUGAUAAACAUACAAACGGUUCUCAAACUCUUCCCACACUAUGUUAUCUUAUCAAUGUAUUCAGCAACUACCCAAUAGCGGUAACCAUCACGCUCAUUAAAAUACUAAAGCCCUGAGUACGAUUGUUGCUCAAUGUACAAUUAGCAAUACCGAUCCAAAUAUGAAAGAAGAAAAAAAAAAUAAUGUUUUCAUAACAUCAAUAAUUUACCUGUUGGGAAUCACCAUAAUGCGUUGUAGGUAGGAGAGGUGUUAGAGAUAGGAUUUUUUGUCUAUAAAAUGCGGAGCUGAACACAUAAAAACCAGGAUUGGUCGGCUCGGAGUCAGUAUGCUGUGUCUUAGGUGGGUAUUCAUGUAAACUGCGGCAUGGUAUCGGUAUUCGGUAUGACGUGACCGGUGAUCCACGACCUUCCGCCCUCCGGGCCGACGCUCCAUCCACUACAUCACCGAGACGGUCUUGUUGUGUGAGGAGGAACCAAACAAUUCAAAAAAAAUUCACGACAAAAAUAAGUUUGUUUGUUUUUUCAUUCUAUUUUCCGGAACAAAUAAUGUGUAUCAAAACCGCCCCUAAAGAGAGACAUUAUUAUUUCCACAUAUUGAUAUCAGGAGCUCUCCUUGUGUAGUCUCGGUAGAAUAGCCUCGCGGCAAUCUACAGCUUGUCUAUAGAGUCGGUGGUCAGCUUCUUGGGCUUAUCUUAUUAUGUACCUCGAUGAUGUGGGACGAUGUCCAUUUUUUCUGUAUCGGGUUGGCUUGACCAAUACUUGAUUAUUUUACCUCCGUGGUG